AUGGGACCGCAGACGCACGUUAUAUUUGAGGUCAUCAAAUCCGUUUUCGACCAAAAUCAAGACGUGCUCUGCUCUGGUGGCGAUGGUAUCGAAGCGGCGCGCCGUCUGAUGACAAAAAUCGUUAACAAAUUGGCGACGAAAAUGGAGCUUGGAGGGCCUAUGAUCGCCAUGUAUCUGCUUGGUAACCCUGACCACUACACGUCGCACCGAUUUAAGCCUUUCUUCUGGCACACGUACUUCAGGCAGAUUAAAAUGUAUUGGCAAAAGAACAGCGAAGGUUAUGGAGAAGAGAGCGUACUGCUCGUCAAGAAGAAGGGGGCGAUCAUUGGAGUUUCUGAAGCGCAGAAUUACACUUACCGUGCGGAUGCCCUUGAAGCUUAUAACCUCUAUCGCUUCAUGUUGAACUGCGAGCGAAUCUCGCUGCCAAAGGGCCAGACAAAGGAGAGCAAGGACGACGCACCUAAAGGUUCGUCAGCAGCUGAGGAAGCAAGUGAGGAGGAACACGGGGGCGCAAGCGACGUAGAGGACAGCGAGAACGAGGAAGACGAGAAUCCUUGGUCUGCCGCACGUGAAGACGACACGGACGUUUCUGCCGAAGACGCGCACUCUACACAGGCACACGACUCUGAGGCUGAUGAAAGUGAUCGUCGAGACGCAGAAGCAGAAGAAACUGGAGACAAAGAACUUCCCUUGGAUGAGCCUGACGACGAUGAACCCGUAGAUCCACUGCCCGAGACGCUCGGAGAGCCACCCACGACGCGUUUGCCGAACCUCCAUUACCCUUUCCGAUACGGACACUCCCUCGCGAGCUCGCAUUGCAUGAAAAAGCGGCAGCAAGAGGACCCAAUGCUCGUGUUGAACUUCAUGCGCCUGUUGCCCUGCAGCGAUAAGGGCAAUCUUGACGAGUACAUCCAGGUCAUGUUGAUGCUUUUCAAACCUUGGAGACGACCGGAAGAUCUCAAAUCUGCGGAUGAGACCUGGCAAGACGCUUUCGAUAAGCAUAAGUUCUCACCGCGCGAAAAGCAGCUCAUGAAGAACUUCAACUUGAGAUGGGAGUGCAUGGACGCGCGAGAUGACUACAGGUCAAGACAAAAGAGUGGUGAAGGCUGGACUGAGGAUAUACCACUCACCGAAGAGGACGUGCAAGACAUUGACUACGAUGACGACUGCAGAAGUCAAGUCGAGACCGUCUUUCCGACCACGCACGCAGAAUACGAAGAAAUGAAUACACUGUACACCAAGAAGAAGACGUCCUUCCUGGGCAUGAAAGACAUGAUGGUCAGACACAGAUGGAACGUACCUAUCGCUACAAUUGCCGCACCUGCGGGCAGAAUAACCGUCAAGAGAACUGCGAGGAAUUGGACAGAGAUCGUUAAAGAAGCGAAAAAAGCAGCAAUCGACGCACAGGGAGUCCGCAUUCUCGUCGUCCCUGAGAAUGAUCCUGUGGUAGGUCCCGCCUACGUAGUGAGCGUCGACAUCGUGAACAAGGCGCUAUUGAUGCGCACCUAUGUUGCACCGCUUCAGCGAGGUCUCGUAGACGCAGUCUUAGCCGAUUUCUCGCUCAACGAGGACCAAGAGCGUGCGGUGCGCAUCGCGGGGAAUCACAUUCUCACUCCUGGCUGUGGU